AUGGCGACACCAAUUUCUCUCGUAGUCCAGCCUCGAGGCAAACCCAUCGGGAAGCUCCCCAAGGAAAUCAAUCUUGACCCCACCACAUCCGGUGAAGAGCUGUACAAUUCCAUCGCUCAGAUUUCGGGUGCCUCGGUGCACCGUCUGCGCAUCACCAAGGGAAGCGAUCGUUCCCUGGUGCCCAACUCCAAGGAUGUCACUGUCGGGGCCACUGGGUUGAAGCAGUCGAGUGUGAUUCACGUCAAAGAUUUGGGUCCUCAGAUCGCGUGGCGCACUGUCUUCAUCAUUGAAUAUUUGGGACCGCUUCUGAUUCCUGCCCUCUUCCUCUUCCCGCUCCGCAACUUGGUCUACUUCAACUUCGACAAGCCUCUCCCUGAGCCCUCCAAUGUCCAGCUCCUAGUCUGCCUCCUCCUUACUCUGCACUUCCUCAAGCGCGAGUAUGAGACCCUUUUCGUGCACCGAUUCAGCAAUGCCACCAUGCCCGCCCGAAACAUAUUCAAGAACAGCGCUCACUACUGGGCUCUCGCCGGUUUCAACAUCGCCUACUGGGUCUUCCGUCCCGACGCGGCUGCUGCCUCCGAGAACCACAGCUCCCUGCUCGUCUGGAUCGGUACUUCGCUCUUCGUCUUCAGUGAGAUCGCCAACUUCAAUGCUCAUUUGAUUCUGCGUGACUUGCGCCGUCCUGGUACCACCGAGCGAGGCAUUCCCUCCGGCUUUGGCUUCAACUGGGUCACUUGCCCCAACUACAUGUUUGAGAUUUUGGCCUGGAUUGGUGUCUACCUAGUCAGCCAGCUGAGCUGGAGUGUACUGAUCUUCACCCUGGUCGGUGGUGUUCAAAUGUGGAGCUGGGCGUGGAAGAAGGAGAUUCGGUAUCGCAAGGACUUUGGCGACAAGUACAAGAAGAAGCGGACCGUUCUCAUGGCUGGUCUAUUCUAG